CUUCCGGCUUCGUCACAUCUCUCUACGGCAAGUGCGAAGGGACAUAGAAAACCCCGCUGCGUCACUUUGAAAAGCGUUGUGCAGCUCGCCGACACUGUGCCGUGUAUUUAGGCUUUAAUAAGAGUCGUGGAUUAAAGUGAUCUGGGUCAGAGACGACAGACAUGCAGUAAGAUGGCGCUGGAGCAGUUCAGUGAUGUCGUACAGAGAUGUCAACACGUUCAGGAUGAAAACUUCUCUCCGGCCGACUUUGACGUGUUCCGCACGGCGGGGACGAGCUGCAUCGAGCAGGGACACGGUGCUCACGUCCUCAGUGUCGUCAUCGACGAGAGAAACAAAAGUAUCGUACACUGUAUGGGCUGGAACCUUCUGGGACCGCUAGUCAAAGUUCUGCUAAAAAAGGAAGAGAAGAACCUGCAUCACUGUCACGCCAUCUUCUGUCAUCUGCUGCAGGUGUGCAGUCCUAAAGAGCUGCUGGUUGGUUUGCUGGAGCAGGUGGAGGAAGCUGAUCCUGAUGCUGUGGCUGAAAGCAUCACUCUGCUGCUCACACCCUUACAGACAGUGCUGUUGAAGUUGGGGAAGAGGAAGUCCUCGAGUCUGGGCAUGACUCUCUCCACGGUGCUCAGUCAGGUGUCCAAACUUCCUGUUCCUCAGAGCCGAGAGCAGGAGGAGGACGACGUGUUCGGUUUGUGUCGCUGCUGCACGGCUCUGUCACGCUUCAUCCGACCCUUUGUGGAGGAGAUCAAAGAGAACAUUCAGGAACGCCGCAUCUCCAGGGACGAUGAGCUCCGGGUGGAGAUCCUGAAAUUCUGUAUGAAGAGUCUGAGCGAGCCGCUGCUGGACGUCCAGCUGAAGGAUCAGGACACGUUAAAGACGUCUCCGCUCAGAGACUUCGCCACCGACGUCCUGCUCACUCUGUGUAGUAUUGGUGAGUCUCUCCUGGACUUGUUAUCCCACAAUAUUAUGCGGAAGCGCAACAUUCCCGGAUUCCUGGAGGAGGAAGUCCGAUAUCCGACGGAGUCUCUGGCGAGUCUGGCACACCUCCUGUUCGUGCACCAUAUCGCUGUGGACAUGUUCCCUGCUGUGCUCAGCCCAGUUUUUGUCCUACAGUGUAACAUGGAAUACGUCGAGCUCUUACUCAGCAGGACUGAAGAAUCCCGGCUGCAGAAGGGGCUGGAGCUGUAUGAGAAGACGCUGGUGCGAGUGGAGGACAGCAGCCUGCCGUGUGACCUGCUGGAUUUAAAAUCCUUUUUAAACGUCCCACAGAACAUGGUUAAGGUGAUGACGCUGUGUCCGCUUCAGGAUGUGAGGAUUAAAGGACUCUCCGUGUUCCAGCUGAGCAUCGACAAAUUUAACACCGAGGCCAAAUACAAGUUUUUCAGGUGCAUGUUGAAAACCAGUGAGCACGCAGGAGUGGAGGGCUUCAUCAUCAAGAACAUCAAGAACCAGAUCGACCUCGCCUUAAAGCCUGGUCACGAGAACGACUGGUUUCUGGGGAAACAUCUCCUGCCGUUACUGCGUCAAGCACUGAGUCUUCCUCAGGGACCAGAAACUGACCUGCUACACAAUUUAGACCGGAUUAUGGAGUCAUUGAAUCUGUUGCGUUAUCUGCUAAUCAGGGAUAAAGAACGGCACAACGAGACUGGGAUAUGGAGUGAGUUGUGUACGAUUGAGGAGAAUUACCUGAAGCCCUUGCGCACAGGCCUGAACAUGUCCCGAGCUCACUAUGAGGCCGAGCUGAAGAGCACAAAGGAGAAGAACAGCAGCAGCAGCAGCAGCGCCGCAGAGACCUGCACGGUUACCGUCGGCAACGACACGUUACCCAACAUGACUCCGGACAUGCAGCUCCAGGUGUUGCAGUCGGCACUCUACACGUUCGACUUGAUUGAGAGCGUCUUGGCUCGAAUCGUGGAGAUCGCCAAAGCUAAAGGAGAGACGUAGGGGGGUUUCACCCGGGAGCUUUACGACAAAACAUCAGUCAUAAAACAAAGCGGUUGUAGUGAGAGCGAACACUGAUCAGGACACAGCCCUUAACCACCUACGCCGUGCUCGUGUACUAGUAGCCGUACGAUGUGUCGUAUCCAGGAGCUGCUCAGAAGAACUCUGUACUGUAGUCGCUUCAGUUUCGUCGAUCACAAGCAAAAAUUCAACACCAAAGGGAUCAUUUGGGCAACGAAAGUUAUAUUUUAUAUCAAUUACAGACAGAAGGCGAGCGAAAUAACUGGCGCACUUCUGAACAAACAGUGCAGGGUUACAUUUAGUGUUGAAUGAAUGAGCCAAUGUAUUUAAAGAGAUUUCUCUUAGUGAAAAUAAUAAAUCAUGGAUAAUUUCCAGACAUUUAAUAAAAAGUUCCCUUUUUGUACAA